AUGCUUGAGUGCCAAGAAUCUGAUCAUAAUGAGUAAGAAAUAUUAUAUGCUUGUUUAAAUAUGAAUUGUUAAGUGAAAAGAAGUUGUUGCUUAUAUUGUAUUUAAAAGCACAAUUUACAUAUGUAAGAUUUGAAAACAAUGAAACAAAUUAAAUUAUGGAAAAAAAAUACUUAUUAAGUUUAUGAAAUAUAUUCAAAAAAAAUAACUUAGAUUGUUGAAAUAAUGGGUUAAGCUGAAAAAUACUUAUCUAGUUUGGGUAAAGAUCUAGAUAAAUAAUUUGACGAAAUGAUAAAUGAGGAGUUUGAAAAAUAAGUUUGCAAUUUAUUAAAAAUUGAUUAAUUAUCAUCAUCUUUCAAUCAAUUAAUAUCUAAUUUAGAAACAUUAAUGGAACCUAUUUCUUAAAUAUUUUAAAAUGUUGAAGCCUCUUCAUAAGAGGCAAGUGUUAAGAUCUAGCCAACUCUAAAUAAUUUAAAUGCGAAAUUAAAAAGCACAGACAAAGAAUAAUAAAUAUAAAAAGAAAUAAAUUUAUAAAUUUAAGAGGCUAAGCAGGUCAAACCAAAAAGACAAAAAAAUAAAAUAUAUAGCUACUUAAAUUUAAUAGAAAAAACUCAUAAAUUAGAGAAGAGGAAUGAUUUUGAUAUUCACUAAUAUCCUAGGUAUAGUAAAUCAUCAUUUGAUAAUUUGGAACAAUACACAACCAUUAUUCUAGUUGGAACUUAAAGUUCAGAAAAGCAGAAUCUAAUAAACUUAUUUGUAAAUUAUUAUUAUGGUGUUUUAUUUUCAGAUCCAUAUAGAUUCGAAAUUAUUGAUGAUAUUGAUGUAACCAAAGAAAAACAAAAUGAGGAAUAUGAAAAAAUGAAAGUAUAUUAUAUUGCUCCAUAAAAUGAAAAAUCAGGGCUUAGAAUAAUAUAUACGCCGGAUUAUAGUGAUGAUCUUUGUUAUGAUGAUCAAAUCUUAUACUAAAGAAUAUAUGAAGUUAUUUCUAAUUCAGUUUCACUUAAUCAAAAUAUUCUAAUUGGAUUUGUUAUUCCACAAAAUGUAUAAAUAGGUUCAUUUUUUAUGUUGGAAUCUAUUUUAUGUAGAUUUUCAAAUAAAUUAAUCAAAAACAUAGUCUUUUUAUUUCCAGAUUGUACUGAUGAAUAUCCUAAAUAGAAGGAAAUAUUGUAAUCUAAAUCCGAAAUAAUUAAUGGAAUACCAUCUCCUGUGUUCGAAAUGAUGCCAACCAUGAAUAAUUUUUGUUAUCUCAAAUUUAACACUUCUGCAUUAUUUAUUGAUAAUAAAACCUAAGAGACCUAAUUUCUCUGGGAAAUGGGGAAGAAUAGUUUUUAAUUACUUCUUCAAAAUUAUUUAUAAAAUAAAUUUAACUACAAUAAACUAUAAGAAAUGAUACAAAAGUACGAUGAGUUUAUCAAGACAAGUACUCUAUUACCAUUGAGGGAAAAGUUUUUGGGGUUGUAUAAAAGGGAAGUUUAUGAUUUUGACAAUUUUGAAAAAAUUUAGAAUUUAAAAAACUAGUUAGAGUCAUACGUUUCAUAUCGGGAAACUAAAGACAAUUAUAAUUAUUAUGAUAUAAAGAACCCAGAAAAAAAUGAAGAAUUAAAAAAAAUUAUAGAGAAUUGUUGUAAAAGCUUAGUUCGGGAUUAUAGUACUUAAUAUAAGAGUCUUGAAUCUCUAACAAAAGACAAAAACUAUAGUUAAGGAUUUGAAGAAUUUUAUGAUCUGUUUAAACGGUUUUAGAAUAAAUAUAAUUCAUGGCGAUUAUAUUUCUAAUUUAAUUCAAUUUUAAUAUAGAUAAAUCACUGUUAAUGGAGAUAUUAUGAACAUUUAAUUUCAAAAGAAUAAAGUUAAAAGUUAGAGGGUUGGGACCAAAGAGUGAAACUAUUAACAAGUAGCAAAUUCUGUUAUCAUUCUGAUGGCUUUGCCCUGAUACCAAAUUUAGAUAAGGUUUUUAAAGAAUGGUUUGAUCAAUAUCUGUCUUUGAAAACUUAUUACCGUAGUUAAUCUUAUAGAAAUGAAUGGAGUAUAAAUGAUAAUAAGGAGUUAAAGAUUCAUGCAUAUAAUAAAAUAUUAUUUUGUAAUAAUGGUUCUGGAAUUAGUUGCAGAAUAGGCAAUGGUUGUGAUAAGGAGUUUGACAUUUUCCUUUAGAGAACUUGA